GGAUGUACUUUUCCUCUGAAUGUUUUCUAGGCUGUAUUGAUGGUUAUAGAGGUGCCCGAUGCACCAUACGAUGUUCACACAAUUGUACAAAAUGUUCUGAUCAUGCAGAUACGUGUACUGCGUGUUAUGAUGGGUAUUAUCCCGGCCCUGCUAGAGACUGCACAUCGUCAUGUUUACCCGGAUGUAAAACAUGCACGUCAGGAACCACGUGUACAUCAUGCAAGGAGGGAUAUAACAACGAGAAUGGUCGAAAUGAUUGUAGUAAUCGUAAUUGUCCUGAAAAUUGUAAUUGUGAUAAUGGUCAAUGCGCAUCAUGUAAGGACGGAUAUUACGAUACCAGUUUAUCGUGUAAUAGUUUAUGUCCAGGGAACUGUGUCACAUGUUUGUCGAAUACGGAUUGUGGAUCGUGUAAGGAUGGUUAUUAUAAAGGAUACCAGCACGACAACAAUAACUUCCCUUUGUUGAACGACUGUACAUACAAAUGUCGAGAUAAUUGUGUACGAUGCUUGUCCUAUAACAGUUGCUCGCGUUGUAAAACUGGUCUUUAUGGAUCGACAUGCUACAACAGUUGUUCAGCCGGUUGUAUGUCAAACACUUGCGAUAUAAUGACUGGUAGCUGUGCAUGUUCCUCUAAUUUUGCUGGAAUAAGAUGUGAUAGAUGUAUGUCCGGGAGAUAUGGAAAUAUGUGCGAUCAACAAUGUCCUGCACGGUGUAAAGGUAACGUAUGUGAUAAAGAUUCCGGAGAUUGUACAGACGGAUGUACUAUAGACACGAUCGUUGGGGAUAAAUGUGACGUUUGUUCAACAGGCUGGUAUGGACAAUACUGUAACAUGUCUUGUUCUGUCGGCUGUAAAAAUCAGCAAUGCGAGAAAAGUAAUGGUGAAUGUUCAAAUGGAUGUCUUGAUAACUUUAUAGGAGAACAAUGCAAUCAGUGCAUUCUUGGCAAAUAUGGUGAUACAUGCCAACGUAACUGUCCACAUAACUGUGACGAGAUGGGCUGCUUAAAAGAUUCCGGUUAUUGUAUUAGCUGUCGUGUCAACUUUCAUGGAGAGAAAUGUGAUAGAUGUCGUCCUGGUUUCUAUGGUUCACUUUGCUCUGAGAGAUGCCCGUCUAACUGUUUGAACGGUGUAUGUGACAGAGAUACAGGGACGUGUUCUGAUGGCUGUGUCUUCAAUUAUUCUGGCGACAGAUGUUGUAUAAAUAAUAACAAAUGUAUCACAUGUUUGUCAGAAACUACGUGUAAACAAUGUAAGUCUGGAUACUUCAAUGAUCAAUGUGACAAGCAAUGUCCUCAGAACUGUCUAAAGUCCUGUCAUAUCGAAACCGGUGUAUGUGAUGGUUGCAAAGGUAACUUUUAUGGUGAUAGUUGCAAUUUUUCAUGUGCCUCUACAUGCAUGACUCAAACAACAGGCGGAAGUUUAUGUCAGGAAAGUAAUGGAAGGUGUCUAUAUGGAUGUGUAGAUGGUUUCCACGGUUUACAGUGUUCUGAGAACUGUUCUAUUUAUUGCAGCGAUACAAUUUGUGAGCAAGACGACGGCAAAUGUACAAAAGGUUGCAAAAUAAAAGUAAAGAAUGACCACAUUUGCCCUCUGACACCAGACUCAAGUUCCUCAGAGCAGUCAGUUAAUACAGCUUUUAUAUCUCUUGGAACAAUUCUUGCUGUAUCAAUAGUUGUUAACAUCAUAUUUUUGGUAACGUUGAUUCUUCGGAAAUAUCGGAAAAGGGUCAAUGAUACUUACAAGGCAAAAGGACCUGUUUAUGAAAACUCAGGCAUUGAAAUGGAAUGUGGAAAUUCAGCACAUCCCGGCAGUGCAAGCAAGCAUGGAAUUGUACAAGCGUCAAACAGCGACCCUGUGUUUAAGUCACCUGACUAUGAGGAUCUUGGAAGACUUCAAGUAUCUGAGCAUGAAUAUGGAGAAAUUCGUCAUUGACGAAUCAAACACGAAAAAAAUGGUCAUCAACAACUAUGAAGUGUAUUAAAAGAGUCCGACAGAAAACAGUGUAACAAUUUAAACUAUAAACAAUGGACGACAAUAUAUCGAACAGAAUGUCAUUCUUUAUUGUAUAGUUCUGAAUAUCUGUCUAAUAUUUUAAAACAUUUGACUGCAUGUGGAUAUUUUGAUGUCCGCACAUUUGAAGGCAGAACAGUUCCAUAAAACGGAUGUCCAUAUUUACAAAAAGAAAAUUUGAAACUGAGAAAUACCUUAGUGAAACGCAUACUAAAUAUUUAAAAUAUAUGAUCAAUUCAAUAACUAGAAAUCAUAAACUACCGGUCGAAACAUGAAAUUUGCAUAGAAUACCUUUAGAACAGAGAAAAUUCACUCUCUGCAAUCAAAACAUAGGCGACAAAUUGCAUUUUCUAUUAGAAUGCCCAAAUCUUAAUACGGGUAGAAAAAAAUAUAUCUCAGAAAUUAAUUAUUAUAGAAAUCCAAAUAUAAUAAAGUUUGAUGAAUUAAUGAACACUGAUCCCUCUAAUUAUGUGAUAUAUACAAAUCUUUGCAUGUUUAUAAAGUAAUCUUAGAAAACAAAUAUUGAACUAAAUUAUUAUAUUAAAAUUGAUAAACAUUUUUGAAAUCAUUCGUCUUAUUUUGUAUGAAUGUUUAACUUUCACCUGUUUAUGUUAAAGGGAUAUUUUAAGAUAUGUUAGUUACAUACUGUUAACCUCGUAAACAUUUGUAAUUUGUUAUUUACCUCAUAUUUACAUUGUUUAUGAAGUGAAUAAUAAAAUCUUGAAAAAUCUUGAAAUCAUAAUUUGAUACCUUAUUCAUUUUUGUUAAGUUAUAUAAGUGUUGUACAAUUGUGCAUGUGAUUUUUUUGUAAUUAGAUCAAAAUAUUUCAAGUUGAACUGUAAAUGUUUUUUUUUUAAUCUGAUCUAUAAAUUACUUACUUAUUUACUUUGAAUUAUUUAUUUCAAACUGCGACUGUCCAGCUUUACAAGUGGAGGAAGACAUCAGCUGCUCUUACGUGCUUUAAUUAUAUAAAUUCUAAUUUAACGUUAGAAGAUAUUACAUUUAUUCUGUUAUUUGCUGAUGAUAUUGUUAUUUUAAGUUAAUCACAUGAAGUCUUACAAAAUAGUUAAGAUACAUUGCAUAAUUACUGUAUUGUAUGGGGAUUAAAAGUAAACGAAUGUAAAAGUACGGUUAUAGAUUUUAGAAAGAAGUGUCCGAUUAGAAAUAAUUAGAGCAUUGAAAAUAUAAUAAUAUUCCCUUACAAAUACUCGACAAUUUCAAUUUAGGUACUGUAUUUAACUAUACUGGUAUUUUUUACUUUGAAACAAGAGUAUUUAGUAAGGAAAGACCUCAAGGCAUUAAUGUUUUAUUCCACAAUCUGAAACCUUUGUUCAAUAGUACUUCUUUGCAAAUUGUUGCAUGUAUUUUGAAGUAUGCCUGUGGCAAAAAUGAGGAUUUGGUAAAAGUGAAGAAAUCGAACGAGUACAUCUAAAAUUUUGUAAGUCAAUGUUAUGUGUUAAGCAGUCAACAAGCCGUAUGUAUAUUUAUGGUGAGCUGAAAAUGCAUCCUUUAAAUGUAAACAGAUGUGUACGCGAAAUAUCAAAUUAUGUUUGUUAUUGUCAGUAGCUUAUAAGAGAUUAAUACAGCUCAAGGUAGGGCCGGAAGGUGAUGAUCGGCCCAGAAAAUGAAUAAUGGUCCCGAGGACUUCAGCCCUAGGGCUUUAUUCAUUUCAGGGCCGAUAAUCACCUUCUGGCACAACUAACCCGUGUAUUAAUGUCUUAAAUACACUUGGUAGUUCUAAAAGUAUUCUUUUUCUAAAAAUAAAUACCUUGAAAUUUCGUUCGUUGAAAUUCCUUUUUGCAUUGUGCAUUGCUACUGAUAAGUACAGUAACUUCUAGUUUACAGUACCGUAACUUCUACAGAGUUGUUUACUUUUUGUAUGUUCAAAGUACACUACUGUACUGCAGAAUCUAGAAGCAAGUUUUAUUUUCUUUUUAUCGGAAUGAAUUUGUCGUAUUAUUUCUUUAAACUUCAAUAGUAAUAAAACUGUAUGUGUACGAAAUAUGCUUCAGCUCUCAUAAUAAAAUCAAGCGAUUCAUGCUUAAAACCUAGUUUAAGUGUGACGUCAUUGCUUCAGUUUGUGCACAAGUUCAGCUGACUGAUAACUUAUUCUCAGCCCCGGGCCGCAAACUCAUAAUAGGUCACGUGACAGUCAUAAUCAGUUGAAAACAUAGGCGAUUUUGUUACUAUAUAUAGUUACAAGUGUAUUAAUAUACAUAAAUGUUAAAUGAUAUCAAUAGAGACAAAAGUAACUGGUUGUCUAAUGUAAAAUCAUCAUAAGAUGAUGCAGGUUUAUUAUA